AUGGCUGAGAAGAAGAACUUUGUUGAUGAGAUAAAUAAGGCAAUGGCAAAGUCAGAAGGGCUUCCCCUCAAGGACCUGCUGUUCCUCUACCAGGGGACUCCCUACCCCGUCACAGUGUGCAGUGCAGAAACCUUCCAAGCCCUGGAGAACUUAGAGGCCAGAAGAGACGAUCUGGUGCUGGUGUCUUACCCCAAAUGCGGUGUGAACUGGCUUAUCCAGAUUGUAAGUGAUUUGAUAUUUACAAGUACCCAGAGUAAAUGUGUGAGCACAGAACUACCAUUUAUUGAAUGUGGCGAUCCAGAUAAAUACCAGAGGAUGAAGCAGAUUCCGUCUCCAAGGAUUUUGGCAACACAUCUGAGUUACGAUUGCCUCCCCAAGUCUAUUUUCAAGAAGAAAGCCAAGAUAUUAGUGUUGUUUCGAAACCCGAAAGACACAGCUGUCUCAUUUUUCCAUUUCCACAACAAUGCGCCGAGUAUCCCCAAUUACAGCUCCUGGGAUGAGUUCUUCUCAGAGUUCAUGAACGGGAAAGUCAGCUGGGGAUCCUAUUUUGACCAUGCAGUCACAUGGAACAAACAUAUUGAGGAUGAAAAUAUUAUGGUUGUAUUAUAUGAAGACCUGAAACAGAACCUAACUUCCAGCGUGAAGCGGAUAGCUGAAUUCUUUGGAUUCUCCUCAACGGCUGAGCAGAUUCAGUCUAUUGCCGACAGGGCCACUUUCCAGGCGGUGAAGGAUAAGGCUCAGGAGACGCAUGGUCCUGUUGGCUCAGUUCUCUUCCGAAAAGGUGUUGUUGGGGACUGGAAAAAUCUUUUCACUGAAGCUCAGAACCAGGAAAUGGAUGCCAAAUUCCAAGUGUGCUUAGGAGGAACUAAGCUGGGAGCAAUGUUAAAAUAUGAUGUAUACUGCAAG